CCCAGCCGAUGAUCAGCGCCAAGCAAGCGGCGGAACAAACAGCAACGUUUGCCGGUUGUUGCGCUUGUCCCGAGAGGGAAAUGACCUUGGGUGAACUGCCAGAUGUCACCGACCUCCGGCACAACCUGAGAAAAAAAGAAUUGACCUUGAUGGAUCAAACCUCGACUGGAACUGGCUGAUCGGGAGAAGGAAGGUUGUUGCUGUUCCUGCCUCUGGAUAAUGUCAGUUGGGUGCAGAUACGACAUGCACAUGCAACUUUAAAUUUCACAUCGCACCCAUCUUUUCCGCCCGCCGACGCCUUCAGGUCUUGGAUGGAACCUGCAUCUCCCUGUCUGCAAGCCAACACCGACUGUCUCUGGCUCUUGCUGAGGUGUCGAUGUCCCAACCCCUGCCGCGUUACCUGUACUGUACAAUAACCCGGGAAAGGAGAUCCAAAAAAGAAAUGUGUCUGGGCCUCCUCGCUGGCGAGACGAGGCGAUCCAUUCACCACUCAAAAAGAGGCGGAACAUUCCCCAUCUGUCAUUUUUAAACCCCGAACAUCCCAAGCCUCGUUUGCGAUCCUUCCCGCCGCUUCUUCUUUUCUGAUCUCUUUUGUUUGCUGUUAUAAAACACCGACCCCGUCUUCAAACGCCCGUCGCCCAACACCCGUCACCCGUCACCCGUCACCCGUCAAUGGUCUUGUGUCUGCACCAGUCCGGCCGAAGGAGCAACAGACGUUGACCAACUAAAGAAGCUUCCGGGUCUUUACCCCCUGGGGCCCCUCCUUGGAUCGCCACGGCCCGCCCUUCUCCAGGUUGCUCUAGAGCUCCCGUUGCUCCCCACCGUCUGUGACCGUUCCGCCGAGCGAGUACGAGCAGCCACCCGUCCCUGCGGCUCACCGACAGCUGCCCGAGGUCAGCAAAAAGCCCGCCAUGUCCGACGAAGCCCCGGUCCAGUCGGCCGAGACCGGUACAACCAAGGCGGUCAAGGACAAGACCUGUACCUAUUGCCACCAAGCCUUCACAUCGUCUUCGCUCGGCCGCCAUCUAGAUGUAUUCAUUAAGGAGAACAACCCCAAGGCCCCCGAUGGGAUUCACGAUGUGGAAGAAAUCAGACGAAAUCGAUCCAAUAUCACCCGCCGUCGUCCCAAAGCUUCGACCGGAACCCCCGGUGCUCCUGGGGUUAGAAGACGAGACACGUCAGUGUCAGUCGGAACGCCAACGGCUGCGUCGAGAAGGAGUCAGGGGUCUGUUUCGGUAGAGGUUGACUCUGCAUCCAUCACACCAGUAUCACAAACCAAAGGCAAAGGGACUGCUGAUAGGAAAUAUCCGUUCAAUACACCAUGGGAAGCCACGGGUGUCAUCAACGACCUUGGUGGGCGGGAUGCCACGGCAUACGAGGGUGGGUUCAGGCAACAUCAGCGAUCAGCCAGUCGCCAGCGUAUGAAGCAACAACUGGACGCCAGACACGUAUUGCAAGAUGCCGAGGAUACGAAAAGAGCCGCUGAACUCGCAUUGCGGGAAAUCAUGGGUUCUUGGAGGGCUGCAAAACAACAAAUCGACAUGCACUCGAUGCCUUUUGACUUUGAUCCUCUUGCAUUGGACUUUCCGGCACUGACGUUGCAGUGUCUCGAGAAACCACCCACGUUAUUUGCUUCUACCCAGCACUCGACGUCCACUUCGUGGUCGAUAACACCACCCGGCCCAGUUCAGCUGCAAGCCUUGCGAAAUUAUUUUGGAGAAGAGUUCAGGAGAUGGAAGCUGGCUUGCACCGCGGCGACAACGGCGGUGAACGAAGAUCUAACAUAUCCUCCCUCCCUAGUGCCAGUCAAGCCAGAUGUUCGAGAAGCAGUGCGUAAGGCUGAAAAGGCAGCCGACAAGAUGGAACAGCAAAUAUCCGAUCACAUAACAGCGACGUAUUCAGUUUGGUGUUCACUUCCAGGGCCUGAGCGUGCCAAGCUGUGGACCCUCGAGCUGGCAAGAGGCUUGGGGCGGAAGCAAGACGAGGGUGCCAAACUCAAGCAGACCCAAAGCCUUCUUAGGCAAGAAAACAAUCAUCUCAAGUCUCAGAUCGAACACUUGAGCCGGCUACAGCAACCUAAAGAGUACAAGAUUGUGCAGCCGACAACAGUGUACAUGGAUGAGAAGCUGGUCAACCACAUGCUGGAGCUCGGUUUCAGCGCAGCGAAGGAUGGCGGCGGCGUAGGCUUCAACAUGGCCGAUAGGCAUGCGGAUCUCGACACGAUUGUGGCAAGGGCGAUUAAUCGCUGGAAGGAUGUGAUCGUGUCGUCUAGGUCCGCGGCGGCCGGUCUCUCAGCGCAGCGCACCUUGGAAGCUGCGAGUGCCGGAGUGUCGCCAACAACUACUGGUUCUGGGCAGGGUAUGCGACAGUUGCAGCCUCAGAGGCACCAAUCACAACAUUCGGUGCCGAAUAACGACGCCCGGGCGUCUCUUCACCCUUCUCCGGCAGCAAGCAAUAACGCUGCGAAUUAUGCACCAUCGACGGCAUCUACCACUAAAGCCGGUUCGCCCUCGACUGCCGUCGGUACACCCAGCAUCAUCACGGCGCCGGCCAGUGUUGGUGCCGGGCAAGAUUCGGACGAGGAAAUGGGCGGGCAGGACGUGCCGGAAAUCUCAGAAACUAACACAGCUGAGGAAGACGGUGAUGUUGAUGCGGACGCGGAUGCUGACGCGGAUGGGGACGUUGAUGCCGACGCCGAUGUCGAUGCCGAUGCCGAUACCGAUGCCGAUAUGGACGCUGACGCUGACCCUUAG